CAAAACAGAGCCUAAGAACCAGCUCUCCUGUAUCCCAAGCAAGGCUCUUUCUACCGCACACCCUGCAGGCCCAUCCAGGCCCAUCCAGACAAUAAACAGGUGAAAGAAAUCACUACUUCAAUACUGCUGCUAAGCCUAUGUGAUCAUUCUAAGCUGACGGCCCAGAGGGUGGGUGCCAAUUCCACCAGCAGCUGCAACUGAAAAGCAAGGUUCAGAAAUGUCAGAUAUCCUCCGGGAGCUGCUCUGUGUCUCUGAGAAGGCUGCUAACAUUGCCCGGGCGUGCAGACAGCAGGAAGCCCUCUUCCAGCUGCUGAUCGAAGAAAAGAAAGAGGGAGAAAAGAACAAGAAGUUUGCAGUUGACUUCAAGACGCUGGCUGAUGUACUGGUACAGGAAGUUAUAAAACAGAAUAUGGAGAACAAGUUUCCAGGCUUGGAAAAAAAUAUUUUUGGAGAAGAAUCCAAUGAGUUUACUAAUGACUGGGGGGAAAAGAUUACCUUGAGGUUGUGUUCAACAGAGGAAGAAACAGCAGAGCUUCUUAGCAAAGUCCUCAAUGGUAACAAGGUGGCAUCUGAAGCAUUAGCCAGGGUUGUUCAUCAGGAUGUUGCCUUUACUGACCCAACUCUGGAUUCCACAGAGAUCAAUGUUCCACAGGACAUUUUGGGAAUUUGGGUGGACCCCAUAGAUUCAACUUAUCAGUAUAUAAAAGGUUCUGCUGACAUUAAAUCCAACCAGGGAAUCUUCCCCUGUGGACUUCAGUGUGUCACCAUUUUAAUUGGUGUCUAUGACAUACAGACAGGGGUUCCCCUGAUGGGAGUCAUCAAUCAACCUUUUGUGUCACGAGAUCCAAACACCCUCAGGUGGAAAGGACAGUGCUAUUGGGGCCUUUCUUACAUGGGGACCAACAUGCAUUCACUACAGCUCACCAUCUCUAGAAGAAACGGCAGUGAAACACACACUGGAAACACCGGCUCUGAGGCAGCAUUCUCCCCCAGUUUUUCAGCCGUAAUUAGUGCAAGUGAAAAGGAGACUAUCAAAGCUGCAUUGUCACGUGUGUGUGGAGAUCGCAUAUUUGGGGCAGCUGGGGCUGGUUAUAAGAGCCUAUGUGUUGUCCAAGGCCUGGUUGACAUUUACAUCUUUUCAGAAGAUACCACAUUCAAGUGGGACUCUUGUGCUGCUCAUGCCAUACUGCGGGCCAUGGGUGGGGGAAUAGUAGACUUGAAAGAAUGCUUAGAAAGAAAUCCAGAAACAGGGCUUGAUUUGCCACAGUUGGUGUACCACGUGGAAAAUGAGGGUGCUGCUGGGGUGGAUCGGUGGGCCAACAAGGGAGGACUCAUUGCAUACAGAUCCAGGAAGCGGCUGGAGACAUUCCUGAGCCUCCUGGUCCAAAACCUGGCACCUGCAGAGACGCAUACCUAGAGGAACUCUAACCCCGGUGUACCUGUAUAAACUGAACUGUGAAACUGUUUUGAUUAUCUCUGUCUUUUGAGGAUGGCUUUGUCCUGUUGCUGGUUAACAUUCACCUUCCUCUUUUGAGGAGUAUUUUUCCAUUAUGUAUUCAUAAUAAUGUUAAUUUCAAUAAAUGACAUUCAUGCAGCAAUUA